ACAACCUGCGGGCGCUCUUACAUGCCAAAUCUCGCGCUGUCUGUCAGUGUCAAACCAGACACUUUUACACCACGUUUACCCGGACUCGUUCAAGCAGCGACAUCCUAAAAUAAGCAGUCUUUUCUUCCCUUUGUCUGCCCGUCCUCGCCGUAGCGUCGCGUCUUAAAUAACCGACCUCAAUUGAUCCAAAUAUAGCGCGGGGGCAGCGAGCAUGCGCAGCAGGACGCGGAGAUGCGCACGGAGGAGCUCGACCGUGCACACGCACAAAUGGACACUGGCACGCAGGACGAUUGCCAUGAAGACUGUAUAAUGAACAUCACAGACCCGGAUCCAAAUGGCGAAACUUAUAUGAACUUCAUGAAGAAGCACUGUUGUUAUGAUGCAAUUCCUACCAGCUGCAAACUGGUCGUUUUUGACACAACACUGCAGGUGAAGAAGGCCUUCUUUGCAUUGGUGGCCAAUGGUUUAAGAGCGGCUCCUCUCUGGGACCACAAACUGCAGAGAUUUGUGGGUAUGCUGACGAUCACAGAUUUCAUUAAUAUUCUGCAUCGGUACUACAGAUCUCCUAUGGUUCAGAUCUAUGAACUGGAGGAGCACAAGAUUGAGACAUGGAGAGGUGAUUCAUUUCAAAAUGUUUAUCUCCAGUAUCAUGACCAGUGUCUCAUCAGUAUCACCCCUGAUGCCAGCCUCUUUGAUGCCGUCUAUUCUUUACUGAAACACAAAAUCCACAGGCUGCCGGUCAUUGACCCAGAGUCUGGAAAUGUCCUUCACAUACUGACCCAUAAGAGGAUCCUCAAGUUCCUUCAUAUAUUCGGAACCACUGUGCCAAAGCCUCGCUUCUUGAAGAUGCAGAUUAAAGAUGCAGGAAUCGGGACGUUCACAGACGUGGCCACUGUCUCUCAGACAGCCACUGUGUACGACGCUCUGUCUGUGUUUGUGGAACGACGCGUGUCUGCUCUGCCUGUGGUGGAUGAUGAUGGUAAGGUGGUCGCCCUGUAUUCCAGAUUUGAUGUGAUUAAUCUUGCAGCCCAGAAAACCUAUAAUAACCUGAGCAUGAGCAUGCAGGAGGCGGUGCGCAGGAGACGCUGCUAUGUAGAAGGAGUGAUUAAAUGUUACCCUGACGAGACUUUAGAGACUGUCAUUGACAGAAUAGUCAAGGCAGAGGUCCAUAGGCUGGUGCUUGUGGACAGAGAAGACGUGGUUCGGGGAAUAAUCUCUCUGUCAGACCUGCUGCAGGCUAUAGUGUUAUCCCCAGCAGGUAUUGAUGCUCUUUUUUCCUAAGCUGAGAGGAAAUGUUUGCUCCUGUUUCCUCAUCUAACCAGCACUAGUGUCCAGGUUUGUAAAGCAGAUGAAGUAUGACUGCCAGCGAGAGUAAAGGAAGGAUCUCUUUUUUUUUUUGUACACAAUUACAUUGUAAACCUCAUGGAUUAUGUGUGUAAUAUAUUAAACUCCACAUUUCUCAUUUGAAUGAGAGAUGCUUUAUUAUGAUAAAGUACUGACGAAACGUGUUAAUGUUUUAAUUGUUUUAUUGUAUGGGCGAGCACACACGGGCUGAGAUUUUGAUCAAAUUGAUCAUGGAGUUUCCUCUUUGUGCUAUCUCAUGAAAUGUAUAGUCAGAUUAUCAUGUGUUUUUUCUAAUAAACUGUUCCUCAUGCUCUU